CAUACACACGGACACACACACACACACGCACACACACACAUACUCAGUGCCACAUCACGCACCGCAGAUGUGAAGUUUGUCGCUGCAUCAUGCGUCCAGGACUCGCGCUGCUGUUUCUGUGCCUCACGCGCGGCUGUCGGUGCGCGCCGCCGCAGAGCUGCCAUCCCGGAGACGAGUUUUUAGGGAGAUGCAGCAGGAACGAGCAGGAGAAACGAACCUGCUCUGAGCUCAACCUGGGAUACUGUAAUGAUCUGGAAUAUUCAAGGACCAUCUUCCCCAACAUCCUGGGCCACCGGACUCGCUCGGACGCCGAGUCGGGGGCAGAGUACCUGCUGCUCAGCGUCAUCCACGGCCUGCUGAACGGGGAGUGCUCCCCCGAGAUCCGUCUGGUGGGCUGCUCCGUCCUCGCCUCGCCGUGCCAGGACAACAAGAUGAUCAAGCCGUGCCGCAGCACGUGCGAGGCCCUGAGGAAGGACUGCUCGCACGCCUUCGAGGCCAUCGACAUGGCCUGGCCCUACUUCCUGGACUGCGACCGUUUCUUCGCCAGUAAAGAGGAGGGCUGCUACGACCCGCUGGCAGGGCUGAAAGCCAGACAGGAGCUGGCCCUGUCCAGUCUGUCGCCCGAGGAGCCCAGCACCAUCAUCCAGUUCACCUACACCUCCAACGCUCAGAUGUACAGCUUGCUGAAGAGGACGGCGGCCAAGUGCUCCAACAUCGCCCACGUCUACAGCAUCGGGCGCAGCACCGAGGGCCGGGACCUGCUGGUGAUCGAGUUCAGCAACAACCCCGGACAGCACGAGCUGCUGGAGCCAGAGAUCAAGCUGGUGGGCAACAUGCACGGCAACGAGGUGCUGGGCCGCCAGCUGCUCAUCUACCUGGCCCAGUACCUGUGCUCAGAGUACAACCUGGGAAACCAGAGGAUCCAGACCAUCGUCAACACCACCCGCAUCCACAUCCUGGCCUCCAUGAACCCCGACGGCUACGAGCUGGCCGCCUCUGAGGUAGAGGAUAACAGCGACCCGGAGCUCGCCAACCAGGAAGGUCAUUUAUUGAACGGUUGGACCAACGGACGGGCCAACGCCCAGAAUAUUGAUCUGAACCGCAACUUUCCAGACCUCACCUCCAUCUUCUACCGGAACCGACGCAGCAGGCACUACCGGAUCGACCACAUCCCGAUCCCAGACUCCUACUGGUUCGGAAAGGUGGCGCCGGAGACCUAUGCGGUGAUGAAGUGGAUCCGCUCCCUGCCUUUCGUCCAGUCCGCCAGCCUCCACGGAGGAGAGCUCGUCAUCUCGUAUCCGUUUGACUUCUCCAGACACCCCCAGGAGGAGCGGAUGUUCUCUCCCACCCCGGACGAGCUGAUCUUCAAGCAGCUGGCUCGCACCUACGCGGACGCCCACUCCACCAUGUCCAACAACGACACGGACAGAUGUGGAGCGUCCUUCUAUCGAACGGGGGGCAUCAUCAACGGAGCCCUGUGGUACAGUUUUGUCGGUGGGAUGUCCGAUUUUAAUUACCUGCACACAAACUGUCUGGAGAUCACGGUGGAGCUGGGCUGCGAUAAGUUCCCCUCAGAGGCAGAGCUGUACCCCGAAUGGAAGAGGAACAAAGAAGCUCUGCUCAGCUUCAUGGAGUAUGUCCACAGAGGAAUAAAGGGGGUGGUCACAGAUACUGAGGGUAAUGGGAUAAAAGGAGCAUCAGUGUCUGUCCGAGGCGUCAGGAAAGACGUCACCACGGCUGAAGACGGAGACUACUGGCGGUUGCUGAACCCCGGCACUCACAUCCUGACGGCGACGGCCAAAGGUUACUCCAGAGUCAGUAAGAGAGUUCAUCUGCCUCGCACCAUGAACAAGGCCGGACGGGUCGACUUCGUCCUGGAGAAGGUUCCCGUGGAGCCCGAUAUUGACGACCACCUCUUCCCCUCAGUGGACACGUGGGAUCGCUUCGACCCCUACAACCAGUUCGAGCGCUACGCCGAGCCCGACGUCGGCGCCGGAGGGAUCGAGCGCCAGGAGAAGCCGUGGUGGUGGAACUACUUCUCCCAGUCUGGAAUCUCUCCUCCACAGUGGCUGCUUCGAAGUGUCUAGACAGCAUGUUAGCGAAAUAUUUCCCAGGUGGCCACAGCGGAGGACGUCUGUCAGAGGCAUCGAUGUAGCAGAAGCUGCGACACUGAAAUCAUCACACACAUUUCUGUGCUUCUUUCAAGGAUGUGAAUUUGUUUUUCGUUUUUUUUUUUUUAAAUUCAUCAGCCAACAAAUUUAAAUCCAGUCUGUGAGCUGGACUUGGAGCAAAUCUGAUUUGCAGAUCCAUUUACACGAUUCACAGCAGAUUAAUGAGAUGAGGCUGCUUCUGUUGUCCACCUUUUAAAGACGAUGCAACAACUUUCAUGCACUUUUUGAAUAACAUGACUUAAGAUCCUAAUUUCACAUUUAUGACGGCAGCUUGUGUCUUUCUGCACACUUGUGCAAAAAAAAUAAAAAAAAAACCUAACUAAAUUGACUUUGUGGCACUAUUUUGACACAGUGAUGACAUUUGAUGGGUUAUCACAUUUUUUCCCUUUCACACUCUGCCAUCUGUGAAGAGUAGGUGUUUUUUGCUUUGUUUUUCACAAGCAUUCAAAAUAAAUAUUAAAGAUU